AGUUAUUCGGGUCUUCCCCAGCACAGAAUUCCCUACCAGUGGACUCCAUGAUGCACUCCGUGACGUAUCCAAGGAUCUCCCCGUGAUGGCAGUUGUAAAGGCAGCUCUCUGAUGCUAUCACUCACACCCGAGCUGCUGUGAAGCAGAGCGCCCUCUGGAGGAAUGCCGAAGAAGUUCCAGGGCGAGAAUACUAAGUCCGCUGUGGCGCGGGCGCGCAAGGCGGAGGUGAAGGCAGCGGCGGACACCCGCAAAAAGCAGGAGCAAGAGGAUGCCUACUGGAAGGACGACGACAAGCACGUCCUGAAGAAGGAGCAGAGAAAGGAUGACAGAGAGAAGAAGCGCCUGGAGGCCCUGGAGCGCAAGAAAGAAAACCAGAGGCUGCUGGACGAGGAGUCCGCCCGGCUGAAGGGACGCCAGGGCAGUGCGGUCGCCAGCACUACAGGGAGCAAGGUCACCCAGGCACAGAUUGAAGAGACGCUACGUAAGGAGCGGGAGAAGCCCAGCCUGCCUGAGAAAAGUGAGAAGGUAAAGAGUUACCUGGACGGGCCCUUGGAGGAGAAUGUGAACCGCAUCAUUCCAGAGGAGGGUUCUGUGGAGGCCAGGACUGUAGAGGAUGCCAUCGCAGUACUCAGCACGGCAGAAGAGCUUGACCGACACCCCGAGCGGAGGAUGAAAGCCGCCUUCGCUGCCUUUGAGGAGGUCAACAUGCCUCGAAUCAAGCAGGAGAACCCCAACAUGCGUCUGUCACAGCUCAAGCAGCUGCUGAAGAAAGAGUGGAUGAAGUCUCCAGAGAACCCCAUGAACCAGCGACAUGCUGAAUUCAACACUCCCAAGUAGAGAGGGUUACACUUCUCUCCCUCUCUCACGGCCCCUCCCUCUAUACCUCUUCACCCUAUCUCUACCCCAACGGAUUUCCCAUCGACUUCCCAACCCUAACCCGGGCCUCGGCUCAAACAUCUUCUCAUAAGAGUUGGUCAAAUCUCCAAGCACCCCAAAGAGCCAUGGAGGGUACUCUUCCUUCUCUUCCUCCUUGCUGUACUGAACUCUGACACCCCCCGCCGUCGCCUCUCACCCUCCUCAGAACCGAUCCAGCUUGUGUCCCUUUACAAUCGUCUAUUUCCGAUACCUCAAGGGAGGCCAUCUGCACCACUUCUCUGCAAUGGAUCCUUUUUAAAACUACCGCAGCCUGAUGUCUGCUUGUCGGUAAUCUGUAGAAAUCUACUUGGUGCGGAAUGUUGAUGCAGGAGGCUCUACUGGUUUAAAAGGUUUGGUGGUGGAUCUCAGAAGAACUUACGACAACUUUUUCUAAUGUUUUUUGGUGUGGGGGGGGGGGGGGUAAUUUAUUAAAACAGUGGAUUCGUCUGUCUUAACGGAGAGUCGAGCUUACGCCUUUCAACUAAUUGUUAACAACAAGGAAUACAAUUUGUUGAAUUAGCAUUGAGUUUUGAAAUAUGUUAUGAUGACCAUUUGAUGUACUAUACUGCCCUGGAUGUAGGCAGUUCCAAAACAACAGGGUGAAAUUAACCACGCUUUCAACACUGAGAUCUGAAUCCAGUCUAGAGUUGGGUUGGGAAGGUCCUACAGUAUAAGCUUUGGGUCUGCAGAGAUUUGCAAUUUUCAUUUAAACUAAAAUGAGCAAUUUUUUUUUUUAAUUAUUUUUGUGUUCGCUUUUGCUAAUAAUACUUUUGGCUUGAAUAACCCAGAGGAUUGUGGGCAAUUGAAAUAAAGGUUUUGAGUUUUUUUUUGACUCUU